GAAGGCUCUAAAUCAAGCAAGACUGGAAGCAAAUGUUAGAGCACAUGGGGAGAUAAAGUACCAGAAAAAUGGCCUAGCCCUUUUGCAGUGGUUUGUGGGUUGUUGCUCUUGUUAUCAUUUUUGAAGUAUGUGUACCAUCCUUUACAAUGGCUUGCUGUGGGAGCUGUGGUUAUUGGCAUCUACCCUGUUCUUUUCAAGGGAUUUGCAGCUAUUACACAUUUCAGGAUCGAUAUCAACAUUCUCAUCCUAAUAGCAGUGAUAGGGAGCGUUGCAAUGAAAGACUACACUGAAGCUGGCACCAUAGUCUUCCUCUUCACCACUGCGGAAUGGCUUGAGUCAAGAGCAAGCCAUAAGGCUAGUGCUGUGAUGUCAUCGUUGAUGAGAAUAACUCCUCAAAAAGCAGUCAUAGCUGAGAAUGGAGAAGAAGUGGAUGCUGAUGAGGUCAAGUUGAACACUCUUCUGGCAGUCAAGGCUGGUGAAGUUAUACCAAUUGAUGGAAUUGUUGUAGAUGGGAGGUGUGAGGUGGAUGAGAAAAGCCUCACCGGUGAAUCACUUCCGGUUACCAAAGAAAAGGAUUCAACUGUUUGGGCUGGCACCAUCAAUCUAAAUGGUUACAUCAGUGUUAAAACUACUGCUGUAGCUGAAGACUGUGUAGUCGCUAAAAUGGCAAAGCUGGUGGAGGAAGCUCAAAACAGCAAAUCUAACACCCAAAGAUUUAUAGACAAAUGUGCUCAGUUCUACACCCCAGUAAUUAUAGUUGUAUCUGCCGCCAUUGCUGUGAUUCCAGCUGCACUUAGAGUGCAAAACCUUCAUCACUGGUUUCACUUAGCAUUGGUAGUGUUGGUGAGUGCUUGCCCAUGUGCGCUUAUCCUUUCUACGCCUGUUGCAAGUUUUUGUGCACUUACAAAGGCAGCAACGUCAGGACUUCUAGUUAAGGGUGGCGACUAUCUUGAAACUCUUUCCAAAAUUAGGAUCACAGCUUUUGACAAAACUGGUACACUUACGAGAGGUGAAUUUAUCGUCACCGAUUUUCAAUCUCUUUCUCAAGAUAUAAGCUUGGACACAUUGCUUUACUGGGUUUCUAGCAUUGAGAGUAAGUCAAGUCAUCCAAUGGCAGCUGCACUAGUAGAUUAUGGAAGAUCCCAUUCAAUUGAACCCAACCCUGAAACGGUUGAGGAUUAUCAAAACUUCCCUGGGGAAGGUAUUUAUGGGAGAGUUGAUGGCAGAGAUAUUUACAUUGGAAGCCUAAAAAUUUCAGUGAGAGCCCACGGAACAGUUCCAACUCUAGAAGGGAAUAUGAUGAAAGGGAAGACCAUUGGGUUUGUAUAUUCUGGAGCAACCCCUGCUGGAAUCUUCAGUCUUUCAGAUGCUUGUCGAACUGGUGUUCCAGAGGCAGUCGAGGAGCUUAAGUCAAUGAGGAUAAAAGUGGCUAUGCUUACAGGAGACAAUCAAUCUGCAGCCAUACAUGUACAAGAACAGCUGGGGAACCGUCUAGACGUCGUUCAUGCAGAACUUCUCCCCGAAGACAAGGCAAGAAUAAUCAAAGAAUUUAAGAAAGAAGGGGCAACGGCAAUGAUUGGAGAUGGUGUCAAUGAUGCCCCUGCACUUGCUACAGCCGAUAUUGGCAUCUCUAUGGGCAUUUCAGGUUCGGCACUUGCCACAGAGACAGGGCAUGUGGUUCUCAUGUCAAAUGAUAUCAGAAAGAUUCCAAAAGCUAUCAAACUGGCAAGAAAGGCUCAUAGGAAAGUGAUUGAGAAUGUAAUUCUGUCAAUCAGUACUAAGACGGCUAUUCUUGCUUUGGCCUUUGCUGGUCAUCCACUUGUGUGGGCAGCCGUUCUUGCCGAUGUUGGAACAUGCUUGUUGGUGAUCUGUAAUAGCAUGCUCCUUUUGCGAGGAAAACACAAAGAUGGAAGAAAAUGUUGCAAAUCUUCAGCUGCAGCGCAUACAAACAAGCAUGGAUGCAAAGCCAGUCAUUGCGACUCUUCUCAUAAGCACCAAGAUGCUAGUUUAGACAAAAAGGUCCAAAAGGCAUGUGAGCCGCCAACAUGUUCUUCCGAGAGAUGUGCCUCAAGAUGUCAUUCUGGCCUUUUUAAAACGGAUUCCCCUUCAAAUUCACGCGGGAGCGACAAAUGUGAAGACUUGGGAAGGACACACGAUGGUUCUGUUAUCCGUGAAGCAAAGUACUGCGACCAGGGAAGCUGUCACUUGGUCAAUCACAAGAUUGAGGCCCAAAAUUUGCCCAGAAAAUGUUGUUCAGGCCGUGGGAGUUUGGACUUGGGUAAAGAAGCCAAUGCUCUCCAUGGGGCAAAGCAAUGCCACCAGGGCCAUUUACAUCAAUAUUCAUCAUCUACUCCGGAAGAAGAACAGCGAGAGACUAAAAAUGAUCAUUGUCAUUCUACUCAUUGUCGUGAAAACCACGUUGAGAUCCAUGGUAACAACCUUACAGCUUUUGGAAACUUGGUAGAACAUCGUUGUUUGGAGAGUCUAAAUCAAAGGGCUCAUCUUGAUUCACACGAGCCAACUCACACUGCCAUAGACAUUACAAUGAAUCCAGACGAGGUGCAUGGUUGUGCGAAUGUGGAGAAGAGAGAAUUGGGUGGUUGUUGCAAAAGCUAUAUGAAAGAAUGUUGUGGUAAGCAUAAGCAUGGACGAUUUAGACCUGGCUUAACAGAUAUUAUCACUGAAUAGAAAUGUUUUAACUUUGAUAACAAAGAAAUGGAAAUUAUGACAGGUACUUAAGAAUGUUUCUCGUUUUUUAAUUUGUAAAACGUUUCAUAGAUCAUUAUGGUAUAUGCACCCAAGUUCGAGGAUAUCUAAGAUUGCUUCA